GGCGGUCCAUUCAAAGGAAAGAGGAAGAGCAACCAGGAAGAGCGCUCGCAGCGAAGUCCCGCCUCCACUUCCGGGAAGAAACAGACCUGAGGCGCCCUAAUUGAUUCGGCCGCGGACGGGCUCGGACCCAGGAGGACGGGCGAGCCCGGCGGAGGAAGGAAGGAAGGAAGGAGGCGCCGCCCGAGAGGAGAGGAGGCCCCGCGGAGCAGCCCCGGGAGGAGACGGCGGGAAGGCCCGGCAGGGAUGAGCCGAGGGGGACUCCGGGAAAGGAGGCCGCCCGGAGGGAAAAGCGGGGAGCAGAAAACGGGCGGAUACACCAAGACGCGCCUGAAGGGCGGAGGGUCCUCCAGAAGAGGCGAGAGACUCAGAAAACGCCACAGAAUCCCGGAGGGAGGAAAGAAAUAUCAGUGCCCAGAAUGUGGAAAAUCCUUCAAAGCAAAUGAAGCUUUUAAAAAGCAUCUAAGAAUCCACACUGGGGAGAGACCGUAUGGAUGCCCCGAGUGUGGAAAGAGCUUCAGUCUGAGGGGGAACCUUUAUAAACAUCAAAGGAUCCACACUGGAGAGAAACAGCAUAAAUGCCUGGAGUGUGGAAAGAGCUUCAGUCGGAGGGGCACCCUUUAUAUACAUCAAAGGAUCCACACAGGAGAAAAACCGUAUAAAUGCCCGGAAUGUGGAAAGAGCUUCAAUCUGAGGAGCACCCUUUAUAGACAUCAAAGGCUUCAUACAGGAGAAAAACCACAUAAAUGUCUGGAGUGUGGAAAGAGCUUCAUUCAGCCGGGAAAACUUCAUGCACAUCAAAGAAUCCACACUGGAGAAAAACCAUUUAAAUGCCUGGAGUGUGGAAAGACCUUCGCUCUGAACGGCACCCUUUAUAAACAUCAAAGAAUCCACACAGGAGAAAAACCGUAUAAAUGCCUGAAGUGUGGAAAGUGCUUCAGUGUGAAGGGAAACCUUUAUAAACAUGAAAGGAUCCACACUGGAGAGAAACCAUUUAAAUGCCUGGAGUGUGAAAAGAGUUUCAAUAGUAGAGGAUGUCUUGAGAGACAUCAAAGAUUUCACACUGGUGAAAAACCAUAUGAAUGCUUGGAGUGUGGAAAGAACUUUACUCUGGGUGAACAGCUCCGUAGACAUCAGUGGAUUCACAGAGGAGAAAAACCUUACAAAUGUCUGGUGUGUGGAAAGAACUACAGUGAGAGAAGCAGCUUUUUGGUACAUCAAAGAAUCCACACAGGAGAGAGACCGUAUAAAUGCCUGCAGUGUGAAAAGAGCUUCAGACGGAACAGCAACCUUACUGAACAUCAAAAAAUCCACUCAGGAGAGAGACAACUACAUAAAUGCCUGGAGUGUGGAAAGACCUUCAGUCACAGGAGCUGCUUAUUUGUACAUCAAAAAAACCAUUCAGGAGAAAAACCUUAUAAAUGCCUGAACUGUGGAAAGAGCUUCAGUCUGAGGGGUACCCUUCAUAGACAUAAUAAAAUCCACUCUGGAGAAAAAUUGUAUAAAUGCCUGGAGUGUGGAAAGAGCUUCAGUCAGAAGAGCAGUGUUUAUAGACAUCAAAUAAUCCACUCAGGAGAAAAACCAUUUAAAUGCCUGGAGUGUGGAAAGAGUUUCAAUACUAGAGGAAGUCUCAAUAAACAUGAAAGGAUUCACACGGGAGAAAAACCAUAUGAAUGUUUGGAGUGUGGAAAGAGCUUUACUCUGGGUGAACAGCUCCGUAGACAUCAAAAGAUUCACAAAGGAGAAAAAGCAUAUAAAUGCCUGGAGUGUGGAAAGAGCUUCAAUGAGAGCUGCAGCCUUGAUAAACAUCAAAGAAUCCACUCAGGAGAAAAACCUUAUAAAUGCCUGGAGUGUGGAAAGGGCUUCGUUUGGAAGAGCAGCCUUUUUAGACAUCAAAAAAUCCACUAAGGAGAAAAACAAUAUUAGUGCCUGGAGUGUGGAAAGAGCUUUAUUUGAUGGUGGAAACCUCCCUAAACAAGAAAGGAUCCACACUGGAGAAAAAGCUUAUAAAUGCCUGGAGUACGGAAAGAGCUUCAGUCAGAAUGGAAAACAUUAUAAACAUUAAAAACAAAUCACUUAGCCCUGAAAAUGCCUGGAAUGUGGAAAGAGCCUGAAUGAGAUGAGCAACCUUUAUCUACAUCAGUGGUUCUCAAUCUUUCUAAUGCCGCGACCCCAUAAUACAAUUCCCCAUGUUGUGGUGACCCCCAACCACUUAUACAUCACUGGGUGCCAGGGGCAUGGCCAAAGAAAAGGGGGA